AUGUCUACUCAGCGUUACGAUCUGGUAGUUUUCGGAGCCACAGGCUACACCGGCCAGCUGGUGUGCAGGUAUCUUCUUUCGCACCCUCAAAAGCCCUCGUGGGCCAUCGCAGGGCGAUCUGCCUCGCGCCUUUCCUCGCUCAAGUCCAAGCUCGGUCUCCCCUCCACUGUUGGGGUCAUCGAAGCCGAGACUUCCAACUAUGCCUCGCUCACCUCGAUGACGAGCCAGGCCAGAGCGCUGGUCAACAUCGUUGGGCCGUACCGACCGUUCAAGGCGUUCGAAGUGGUGCGCGCCUGUGUCGAGACGUCUACCAACUACACCGACUUGUCGGGAGAGACGGGGUUCAACAAGGAAGUCAUCGACGCAUUCCACUUGAAGGCCCAGGCCAAGGGCGUUACGCUGGCGAGCAGUGCAGGGUUCGACAGCUUGCCGUUCGAUUUGACCACCUUUUUGGCCGCGCAGAAGGCCAAGCAAUUGACGGGGGGCAAGAGCGAUAUCAAGCUCGUAGAGUGCGCGUAUUCUCUUGAGGGCGGCUUCUCCGCAGGCACCCUCGCAAGCGGUCUCUCUAUGGCCGACGAACCCGAACAGAUGCACCACACCAGAGGCGACUGGCUGAGCCCCAUCGCCAAACCAGGUGCGCUGACGUUCAACACCGUCCGAUGGUUCGAACAUCGUCAAAGCUGGGGUGCACAAAACACGUUUACCGUCCACAACACCCGUAUUAUCAACCGCUCCUGGGGUCUGCUGCAACAUCACAACUCGCCGCAAGCCUACGGUCAGGCGUUCCUCUACAGAGAAGGCGCCCUCGUCCCCUUUAAGCUCGUCGGCAUCAUCGUCGCCUAUGCCAAUGCUAUCUUGAUGUGGCUCCUCAUGAACUUGGCAAUCGUGCGUUCGAUCGCGGCUAAGAGCAUGCCCGCAAACUCGGGUCCUAGCGAAAAGAGCUUGGUCAACACCAAAGUGCGCCUCGACACGCUGGCCACCGCCAACGAUGGCACCCAAGCUAUCUGCACCCUCAAGGCCAAAGGUCAUCCUGGCUACUUGCUGACCGCGAGGAUGAUCGUCGAGACUGCUUUGACCAUCCUGGAUGACAAGAGCAAGAAGAUCAACCCUCUCGAAAAGGCCGGUGUUCAGGGCGGCGCCUUGACUCCGGCUUUGAUCGGUGCCGAGAGGUUGGCGCAGCGGCUGGUCGAAUUUGGACACUUCGAGAUUACCACGGAAAAGUAUGAAGGGAAGCAGGUGAAAAAGACAAAGUGA